CGUGUGACCUGCAAGCCCUUGCCUUUACCUAUCCACCCUCCUGCCUCCUCCCCCUUCGCGGUUGCUUCAACCGAAUCGCUGAAUCGGAGGCGAAUUCCAGCUCGGCUGGGGGAGUGAUUCCACCCCCAAUUCCGACAGCCGGGGGCCAGUCUCUUCGGCAACAGAAACACUAACUCGUAAGGGGAAUCCGUCCCGUUCGCGCGACGCGACCGCGUCUUCCCGAGCUCCUCGGCCCCCACCUCCACGCCUGUGAUCUCCGCUGGUUGCCGGCCUCUCACCCGCCGCCGCCGGCGCGUCGCGGCGGCGGGGGCACCGGACCCGCCUCCACCCCCUAGAUCGGGCGCCUCCUCCGCCGGCCGCUGGUCUCACACCCCGCCUCUCCCCGCUGGGGCCUGGCGAGCUCGCCGUGGAGCGGAGAGGACGCGCGACGGUAGGGGAGUCCUGCUCUUCCUCCUCGCCGAGCCCCCUUGCGGAUCCAUCCGUGCUGAUUUCUACUGCUGCCUCUUGGUCGAGCAUGUACUAAAUUCACAAUGGGAAACAUCAACAAGUCUGCUGCUACUAAUGCUUGAAAGAUUCCAACUUGCCAGUUGCCAGCAGUGGCUUGGGAAAAUAGUGAAGUUACCAAUGCAAGUGUGUUUGCCUAUUGAUUCCAUUAAGUUGCAGCAUCGCUUGCAUUUCAUCUGAAUUUUUCCGAAAAUAGUUAUUCAUUAUGCAGCACGGGUGUUGGUAUUGACAUAAUUUUCAUGGUUGGAUGAUAAAAGGACUGCGUAGGAUGAGAAGAGUUUGAACAAGUGUUUCGAUGAACAUCCUACUAGAGCUUAAGCAUCUCAAGCUCUUUAGCUUGCCCGCAAGGCCUGUCAUCUGCAAAGGCCUUCUGAUAGUGAUUGUCCUUAUUGUAUUGAGAGCAAUUUUGUCUCCAUUUCUUGCCAUAAACUCGUCUGAGAAGGAAGAAUUUUAUGAGUCAACAGUCCCUGACUUGUUUCCUGGAAUCAGACGAGACAAGUUUCUUGAGGUCCCACAGAUUAUAUGGGGAUUGAACAAUCAGAAGAUUGCAUUCGCCAGGGCAUGCUUGACUGCAAGAUUCCUGAACAGGUCUCUUCUAAUGCCAAGCCUGAGUGCUUCACUCUUCUACAAAGAGGUUGACUUGCUGCAGCCUAUUGAUUUUGACAAGGUAUUUGACUUUAGCAAGUUCAAUGCACGUUGUCAUGGCUUUGUAAGGUUAGCUCGGUAUUCAGAAGUUUCUAAUAGAAGCGAGCCUUUGAAACUCCAAAAGGGAAGUGGUAGAAGGUGGACAGUAGAGAGAGACUUGGAUCAACUGCAGCAAUUCAUAGAGGGCAAGGCGGAUGACUCUGAAGUCAUUGAAAUUGUUGGGAAACAUCCAUUUUUGUGGCCUGACCACUGGCCAGUCAAAGACUAUGCCAAAAUCUUUGAUUGCCUUGUCUUAGUUCCUGAGAUAGAAACCGAAGUGGUUAAGGUCAUAUCCAAGAUUAGAGAGGCGGGCCAAAGAGCAAGACAUGAAGCUGGGAUUUCUCAUGGUAAGCAGAGGAGAGAUGGUUCCACUAAUCUGCCUAUACCAUACGUUGCUGUUCACAUGAGGAUAGAAAAGGAUUGGCUGAUACAUUGCAAGAAAUGGGAGCAGCGGUCCAAGUCACAUGAAAUCUGCAGCAGUAAAGAAGAGAUCAUUCAUAAGGUCUCACAGAUCACUGAUCUACGCCGACCAGUCGUCGUUUAUCUGGCAGUAGCUGACAGCCUUCUUGAAGAUGAUUCAAUAACCAGCGGGUGGAGAGUGGGUAUGGUUGCUUAUGAGAAGAAGAAACUUGGAGUUACUGACAUCUAUGAUAGGCAACCAUAUUUUAUAAAGUCUGCCAUCGACUUUGAGGUGUGCUCGAGAGCAGAUGUGUUCGUUGGCAAUAGCUUCUCGACGUUCUCCAACCUUGUAGUGCUGUCCAGAACAGAAAGGUUAUAUAACCUGGGAAAGGCGAACUCAUGUGGCGAGAACAUCGGUCUUUCAUCAUAUGCAUACAAUGUCAUGGGCGAUGAUGGUGGACCACAGAGAUGGAUGACGGAUAUGUUCGAUACAAACCUUCAGAGGCUAAGUUAUGGAACAAAUAAUGUCUCAUGCCACUGACUUUUGACACAUAACACUUGACUCAACAUGGCUGUAUUCAGGAGGAUGAUCCUUGUUUGAAUUUGAUUUUAUCUUCAAACAGGACAAGUAUGUGCAGCCAGUUUGUGGUGCUUCUAAGUUUGGAGCUGGAACCAACAUCUCGCAAUUGUGAAAGACUACGGCAAAGAGUUGUCUGUAUACUUCUGUGUUUAUAGAUGUGCUGAAAAGCUUUUUUUAAGGGCGAUGUACUAAAAAGCAUUGACAUGUAUUGGGCAGUCUUUAGUUAGUAAAGCUAAAUGGUGUGUGAUGGUUUGUAUCUGUGACAUGUUCAAAUUUUUAUGAUUUCAGAAGCAGAUCUACACAUUUGUUUGUCUGCA